AUGGAUGAUGAUCCAAUUUCAAUUUUGACUAGUUUCUCAGAGAUGGAUAUUAGCGAUGAUGAGAUAAUUUCGAAUAACACAAUCGCACAAAUCGUAAAUAGUGAUGGAUUUCUUGACUUUAUUCAACAAACUACAAUUGAUCCUAAUACUUCACUCUCAUUAUUCGUAUUCCUACUCAGAAUAGCGUUCCUAUAUAUCAAACUAGACUUCAGAAACAUUCCAGCUUCAGUUUUGGAAACUUUUUCUUUAUUUAUUACAAAAUUAAUGCAAGACAGAAGCCCAGAAAUAGAAAAUUUACAAUACGAUGAACAGAAAUUCGUAAUUGACAUCUUAUCUAAUACGUAUUCCAUUGCAGUUUUAACAUGUUUCAUUUAUUAUCGAUCUUCUACAAUUAUGGACUUCUCACACAAACUGAUUAGCAAUUUUCAGCUCGAGGAAAACGAAAUUUUACUUCUUUUUUACGUUAGAAUUCCAACUUCAAUUUUUAGAUUAAUUCCUUUAUUUAAUUAUGAAUUAUACCCAACAAACUUCUUAUUACUAGCAAGAAAAUCAUUUGGACCACUCGUUUAUCGUGCAGAACGUGUUACAACAAUGAAAAUUGAAUAUCCUUCUUUAAUUGGCGAAUAUCUUGGCGAAUUCAUAGUUUCCACGUUAGAAAUACAAGAAAUAUUCAAAGAAACAGGUAUUUCUUUUGAUAAAAUCUUCACAAGAGAAGUUGCAGAUCAAUAUCGAAGUUUUUCAGAAGCUAGUGAGAUUGAAGCAGUUCUAAAUAUAGUUUAUAGUACACUCAAUUCAUCUUUCAUAAAGAAUCCAGCAGUUUCCAACAAUUUACUCAACAUUUUGACAUCUUAUUCAAAUGUUGUUUUGAAUCUCAAAAAUGAUGAUCUAUUGCAGAUAUUUUUAAAUGUCACGGCAGAAUACAUCAAGAAAACAUCACCAGAAAUCAAUGAAAUUUUAGAAAAAAAUUUAAUCAAAAUUACAAAAGAAAUAAUCGACAAUAACUUGUUUUUACAUGUUAUAUGUCUUCUAAGGAUAUGGUCUAAUACAAAGAACGUUCCAGUUCUUUUAGAUUUGACAACUUUCAUUUUUUCAAAAAUUUCAACAGAUUUUACUAAAGAUGAAGUAGUUAUGAACGCAAUAAGUGAUGAUGCAGUUGAUGCACCAGAGUUUAUUGAGCUUUUGGCCAAGUUUGGACCAAAUUACGACAAAAUUUUUUAUUCUCCACUUACAAUUACUCUAAAAAACACUGGAAUAGCGUUUUUCACUAAACUCAAAGGUGGAAAUGCCCAAAAUCUACUUCCUGAUGAACUACAAUUGUCAUUUUUCGUGAAAUUGGCUUCUUUGUAUCUAAUUAACCAGAAAGAAGUAAAUCCAGCUGACAACGAUUCUUUGUUUAAUGAACUAAUAACUGUUCUUAACAAUGCUCAUGAAAAUAUUGAGUUAUUGACGAAAAAUGAAAAUUAUCAUUUGGUUUUUUCAAUUUUAGUCGCUUGCAACAAGAUUAUACAUUCACAUUACUUCGCUGCGAAGCAAGGAGAACCAAAAGAUCUUGAAAAAUUCGGUGUUUUCACAGAAAAAAUUAUUCAUGUGCAGAGAAAGUCAAUUAAAGACGUUCAUAUUGCUUUUUAUGACCAGUUCCGUUCAUCAACAUGUAAUUUUGCUGCUGAUUCUGUCAUGCAUUUCUCAAAUCCUCAAAUUAAAAGAAUUUGUCUGAAUUUACUGAUCGAAACCAGGACAACUCCAGAGUUUAAAGAACUGACAAAGCAUUGCAUUGAAGAUCCUUCAUCAAAUCUCUUUAGUAUUGAAACUUUUUACGAAUCUUCAAAAUUAUUUGUCAAAAUUUACAAAUAUUACUUGACAAGUCAAGAACAUAGGGAUGAAGUACUCAGAUCUGUUGAAUAUAUCCUUGAUAACAAGCCAAAUGUCAUGGGAAUAACGUUAUUAAACUCAUUAUGUCUAAUUGCCAACAAAUUGGACCAAUUCAUGACAUUCUUCGAUUGGUUUAAGGGAGAUAUACUUAAAUUCAUAUCAGAAUUCGAUGACAAAAAGAAUUUUAUAAUUGUCUCAAUUUUAUAUGAAAAUUUAUUGAAGGAUAAUGAGAAAAAGAGCAAGUUUAAGCUUAGAAAUGGCUCAGAGUUCGUUUAUUUGUAUUUCAGUGCAAUGAAUUUUGCAAAAACUUUGAUUAACUAUUCAUUUGACGUACAAAGUGAUCCAUUGCUUGACCAUGCUUUGAGUUUAAUGACCAUGAUACUCAAUUCAACUGUUUUUGAUCUCAGAUUGUAUAAAAUUUAUAAACUUGAUCAAAUUCAGUCGAAUAUUAUUGAAUUUAUCAAUAAGUGCAACUCAGAAGAAUUCUUAAAUCAAAUUGUGGAUCCAAUAAAGUCGAGAUUAUGUGAUUUCUUCAUUGCUUGCACAAAUAAAAAUAAUAUUGAACUGUUUCUUGAGAUUUCAACAGAUUUCAUGAAAUUAAUCUCCAAGUACAUGAUGAAUCUACUCACUUCUGAUGAAGAAAACCAUAGAAUCAAGGCAAUUUAUAUGUUUUCUAACUUAAUUUGCCUCAAAAAAGCAGCUGACAUCAGAAGUAUCAGGAGAAUGGAACAAGAAGUGUGGUAUGAACUUCUUUACCGUAGAAGAAUUCCAAAAAUGUUGCUUGCAGAAACUAUUUCGAAAUCAAUUUUUUCUUUGAAGUCAGAUUUAUAUGCAAAAAUGAAGGAAGAAACAGAGAAACAGCUUCCUGAUAACUACAGAAUCAAAUUUGAUACUUUAUUCAAAAAAUUCAAGAAUAAGUUAAAUAAUACUGUUGUAGAUGAGAAUAUAACUACAGAAUUACUCAAAUGGAGAAAUAUAUCUCUAGAAAGUCUUUGUGUUUGUUUGAAAGAAUAA